UUGUGUUCGCAAUCUGCGUUUAGUGGGAGCAGUAAUAAAAAAAAAAAAGGACAAUAGCAGACAAAAGGUUCUCGUGCAGGAAGGACGCGGACGGAUCUUUUCUGUUAGGGCUUUGUGGAGAUCUUUCUGGGAAGAAAAGCUGCAGCUGUGCAUGUCCCAUCCGGAGGGGAAUACACCCGGAGCGGAGGGACGCACCGACUAUCACUGAGCACCGACAGCCGCAAGGCAGCAACCCGCCACCGGCAUGACUGUGACACGGAGCUCGGUCCUCCUCCUCCUCCCCGCUGCCUUCAUCCUGCUGCUCUCUGCCCGCAUCCAGGUUUCUUCAGCUUCUGGACACUUUGAGCUUCAGGUUUUGUCGAUGCAGAACAUUAACGGUCAGCUGCAGACCGGCGCCUGCUGCGACGGGGCCCGGGGCGCAACGGAUCGGCGGUGCGCACCGGACGAAUGUGACACCUACUUCCGGGUGUGUCUGAAGGAGUACCAGCUGAAGGUUUCCUCGGCCGGGCCCUGCAGCUUCGGCACCGCCUCCACGCCCGUGCUCGGUGGGAAUACCUUUUCUUUACGCAACGCCAAGAGUGACAAAGCCAGGAUCGUGCUGCCUUUCAGCUUCGCGUGGCCGAGGUCAUACACGUUGAUCGUGGAAGCCUUGGACUUCAACAACGACUCGUCCUCCGGCAGCGUCGGCGGGACGCUGAUCGAGAAGGCCGUCCACUCUGGGAUGAUCAACCCCAGCCGGCAGUGGCAGAGCCUGAAGCACAACGGCCCCGUGGCUCAGUUCCACUACCAGGUCCGCCUCAGCUGCGACGAGCACUACUACGGCUUCGGCUGCAACAAGUUCUGCCGCCCGCGGGAUGACUUCUUCGGCCACUACGAGUGCGACCACAACGGCAACAAGACGUGCCUGGAAGGCUGGUCCGGUCCAGACUGCAACACGGCAAUCUGCAGACAGGGCUGCAGCACAGAACACGGAUCCUGUAAAGUUCCUGGAGAGUGCAAGUGUCUGUACGGCUGGCAGGGGGAGUACUGCGAUCAGUGCAUCUCUCACCCCGGCUGUGUUUACGGCAGCUGUGUGGAGCCCUGGCAGUGUCUCUGUGACACCAACUAUGGAGGACAACUGUGUGACAAAGAUCUGAACACGUGCGCGACGCUGCAGCCAUGUUUCAACGGAGGAACCUGCAGCAACACGGGACCAGACAAAUACCACUGCGCCUGUCCUGACGGCUUCUCUGGGGUCCACUGUCAGAGAGCGGACCAUGCCUGUCUGUCCGACCCCUGUCUGAGUGGAGGAAGCUGUGUGGAGACCAGUCAGGGCUUUGAGUGUCGCUGUUCCCCCGGGUGGACCGGACCCUCCUGCUCCAUCAAUGUGGACGAGUGUCUGCAGAACCCCUGCAGUCAUGGAGGAACCUGCCAGGACCUGGUUAACGGGUUCAAGUGUACCUGUCCUCCUCAGUGGGCCGGAAAGACCUGCCUCAUCGAUGCCAACGAGUGCGACGACGACCCCUGCGUCAACGCCAACUCCUGCCGAAAUCUUAUUGGAGGAUACUUCUGCGAGUGUGUCCCGGGUUGGACGGGCCAGAACUGUGACUCCAAUAUCAACGACUGUCGAGGUCAGUGUCGGAACGGAGCGACGUGCAAGGACCUGGUGAACGGUUAUAAGUGUGUGUGUGCUCUGGGUUUCGGCGGCGAACACUGUGAGAGAGACGUGGACGAGUGUGUCAGCGGGCCGUGCCUCAACGGCGGCCGUUGCCACGACGAAGUUAACGGCUUCCGCUGCCUGUGUCCACCUGGCUUCUCUGGAAGUCGCUGUCAGUUGGAUAUCGAUUACUGCCUCCACAGUCCGUGCCAGAACCACGGCCAGUGUUUCAACCUGGCGUCCGACUACGUCUGCGAGUGUCCCGAAGACUUCGAGGGCAAGAACUGUUCCCGCCUGAAGGACCACUGCCGCAGCACGCCCUGCAGAGUGAUUGACAGCUGCACCGUGGCCGUGUCGUCCAAUAGCACGGCGGGCGGGGUGCGUUUGAUUUCGUCCAAUGUGUGCGGCCCCCACGGGCGGUGUCGGAGCCACGCAGGCGGACAGUUCAGCUGCGCCUGUGAGGAGGGAUUCACCGGGACGUACUGCCACGAGAAUAUAAACGACUGUGAGGUCGCCCCCUGUCUGAAUGGAGGAACUUGUAUUGAUAAAGUCAGUCAGUAUCAGUGCAUCUGUGCUGACGGCUGGGACGGACCCACCUGCCAGAACAACGUCGAUGACUGCAGCGCUGCUCCGUGUCAGAACCGCGGCGUCUGUCGAGAUCUGGUCAACGAUUUCUAUUGUGAGUGUAACGACGGCUGGAAGGGGAAGACCUGCCACUCACGAGAGAGUCAGUGCGACGAGGCGACCUGUAACAACGGAGGGACCUGCUACGACGAAGGAGACGCCUUCAAGUGUCUGUGUGCUGCUGGCUGGGACGGCGCCACCUGUAACAUCGCGAAGAACAGCAGCUGUAUGCAGAGUCCCUGUGAGAACGGAGGGACCUGUGUGGUCGCCGGAGACUCUUUCAACUGCGUCUGUAAGGAGGGCUGGGAGGGCGCCACCUGCAGCCACAAUGCCAACGACUGCAGUCCUCAUCCCUGUUACAACAGUGGGACCUGUGUCGACGGAGACAACUGGUAUCGCUGUGAAUGUGCGCCGGGCUUCGCCGGCCCGGACUGCAGGAUCAACAUCAACGAGUGCCAGUCGUCGCCCUGCUCCUUCGGCUCCACCUGUGUGGAUGAAAUCAACGCUUUCCGCUGCAUCUGUCCGCCUGGAAGAACCGGCCCCCGCUGCCAAGAAGCGUCGGGGAGGCCCUGCGUGGUCGGAGGGCUGGCGGCUCUGGAUGGAAGCACAUGGGACGACGACUGCAAUACCUGCCGCUGCCACAACGGGAGGAUCGCCUGCACGGAGCUGUGGUGUGGGCCUAAACCCUGCAGUCUCCACGGUAACACUCACGGCUCCGAGUGUCCGGCCGGUCAGACCUGCGUCGCCGUGCUGGACGAGCGCUGCUUCGUGAAGCCCUGCCCGAGCCAGGGGGAGUGCUGGAGCCCCGCCCCCCGGGCCCCGCCCUCAGACAGGUGUCACUCAGAGAGCAGCUGCACCAACGUCACCUUCACCUUCAACAAGGACGUCAUGGCAACGAGUGUGACAGUGGAGCAGGUGUGUCGUGAGCUCAGGAGCCUCUACGUCGUCAAGAACCUGUCCUCCGAAUCCUCCGUCUCCAUGACCUGCGAGCCGUCGCUCAGCACCAACAAUGAGAUCCACGUAGCCAUCUCGACAGAGGACCAAAGGAGAGGUCUAACCUUCGUCAAGGAAAUCACAGACAGGAUCAUGGAUCUGGUCAGCAAGAGGAGCACCAACAGCAGCAUCAUCAGCGCCAUCGCCGAGGUUCGGAUCCAGAGACGACAGAGCCACAGCCCCAAUGCAGACCACUUCGUGCCCCUGCUGAUAUCCGCGGUGAUCGUCGUCUGGGUGUUGGCUAUCGCCUCGAUGUUGCUGUGGUGUGUGAGGAGGCGGAGGAAGCUGAGAGCCCAUGCUGGGGUCAGCACGCAGGCGGCGUCGGCGGAGGCGGCAUUGUCCUUGGCACCGGCAGCCGAGGACAACAACGCCCUCCACAACAGCGUCAGCACCGCCCGCGAGCAGCUCAACCACAUCAAGAACCCCAUCGAGAAAAACGCAUCGAACCACCACCACCACCAUGACGACAAGAACGUCGUCAACGCCAAGAUCAGGAAGUCGGACACUGGGAGCCAAUCGGACGAGGACGAGAUGGACAAGAGGCUGCAGAAGGCGAGGUUCCCCCGGGCGCCGCCGGCGUACUCGCUGGUAGAUUGGGAGGAACGACCCCCUCACCAUAUAACAGGCAAAGCCCCACACUGGACUAGCAAACAGGACAACAGGCAACUGCAGUCUCAGAGUGUCAACAGGAUAGAGUAUAUCGUAUAACCAAUGGGGCUCAGAAUGACUGGAGAUCAGACCACCACCCCCCCCCCCCCCCCAAAGAUGGAAGACUUUUGGUUAUUAGUCUUUUUUUUAUGUUCUUUUGUUCAGGAAUGAAUUUCAAGAUGGAUUUUUACUGUUUUAAUUUAUGACACUGGUCUGAACGGUCCACGGCGGUUGGCUGGAUCUCCGAUUUUGUGGACUCCUUCGUUAAGGACAGAACUUGGACGUGCGGGAGCGUUCCUAAAAGACUUGUGUGCAUGAUUAGUAUCUUUUUGAUUCAAGAAUGAAUUUUGUAUUUGAAUGUGCUGCUGCCUCGUUGCACCACAGCACCAAUUUGUAAAAUAUUUAUUUUGGGUUUUUUUGGUGGGAAAGUUUGAGUCAACAUGAAGAAUCGUCCGUGUAGAAUGUUUCUGUAUAGUUGUAUAAAUAUUUUUUUAAUUAAUCAUUGUGUAUAUUUUUGAUUUAUUAACUUAAUCGUCAAGAGCCUUAAGAUAUUGUGUUUGUUUUUUUAUUUAUGAGUUUUGAGUUGAAGGUUCGACACCUUUUGUAAGCUCACAACUUUUUUUUGAUAUAUUUUUAACGCCAAAAGUGUUCUUGAAAGAAUAGUUUAUUUUUAGCCUUUUGGAUUUGGGCAUUUUUGUGCCUCAACUAAAUGUUUUGUACAUUUGUCUGUUUGAUGGCGUUUUGUUGGUAUGUUUGCCAGGGUGUUCUGUUGUACGUGGGGUGGGGUGGUGGGGUUAGAGACAGAUUCUGCUGCUGCAGGGUCGUUUAAUACAAACCAACAUGGUGGCAGACAUAUUGCGUUUGCUACUGAAAAUAAAUUCUUCAAGGGACAACUUUUUUUGUACAGUGUAAAAAAAGUAGAGUUGAGCACAGGCUUUGAAUCCUGGUUCCAUGUUUGUAACAAUCUGAGUGAAACCUGCGUCAUUAAAGGAGCCCUGUGGAGUUUCUUGUGAAGUUCAGUGUUAACAUUGUGCGAAAACUUGAGGUCUACAAAAGGUGUGAAGCUCCACAGGGACGCUUUAAGGAAGUUCUUGAAGAGAGAGUUUAACGAGACCAUUGAGAGAUGAGGCCUGUUGUUGAUUGGAGGCUGUGAAACCAAGUUUGAUGGUUUAGUUUCUGAUGGAGGAAUAAAUAAAAAUAUGUUUUUCUCGUACAUUUCACUUUAGUGUCUUUUGGACCUUGAAAAAAUAAAGUCUUUGUGUUUGUUACUGGCGA